CUACAAAAGGGAACCAACCAACAGUUUUUGUAAUUUUAAACCUUUUUAAUUUAUAAUUCAAUAUUCAUCCCAUCAUAAUCGUAUAAGCCCCCCCAACCCAACCUUUAUCUUAUCUUAUCAUAUCGCAACAUCUAUCUACUUACCAUACAUCCCCCCCUCAUUACACAAUAAUAACUAUAUUCCAAUCAUGAAUUAUAAUUUGCACCCUGUAACUUAUUUAAACGCUUCGGCAAACCUCCAACAACAACAACAACAACAACAACAAGUUCAACAGGUUGAACAACAACAACAACAACAAGUUCAACAACCUUUAGUAACAACCACUUCUAAUAACUCCACCACUAGCAAUCAUACCAUCAAUAAUGAUCCUGAUGCUAUUGAAAUAGAUAACGUAUCUUCAACCACCUCCAAUUCUUCAGCUGGUUCAUCCCCAAAUAAUAAUGGAAGUCCUCAUUCUUCAUUCACAAGUCAAUCAUCAGCAAACUCUCCAAUCUCUGAUGGUAAACAAGUACCCCAACAAUCUCAACAAGUUCAAUCUCAACCUCAACAAGUUCAACAGCAACAAGUUCAACAACAACAACAACAAGUUCACAUACAACCUCCUCAAUCAUUACAUCCUCAACUCAACCAUUACCCAACUUAUUUACAAUCUUAUCCAACCCAACAACCAACCUAUAUCUAUAACCAACAACAACAAGUACAAGUUCCUCAACAACCUUCAAAUGAAAAUGAUCAUGGUUUAAAUAAUAUCUUUCCUCCAACUUACCCAGUUUUAUCUUCUUCAACCAAUAAUUAUUCAACUAAUAAUAACUCCAAUACUGUUCAACAACCAGUUAAACCUCCAAAGAAAACUUAUAAAAAAAUUAAAGCUGAAGAUUUAAGAGGUCCAUUUAGAUGUCUUUGGGGGAAUUGUAAUAUUAUAUUUGAAACUCCUGAAAAAUUAUAUGAUCAUUUAUGUGAUGAUCAUGUUGGUAGAAAAUCGGCUAAUAAUUUAUCAUUAAUUUGUAAUUGGGAAAAUUGUGGAAUUUCAACCGUUAAAAGAGAUCAUAUUACUUCUCAUUUAAGAGUUCAUGUUCCUUUAAAACCUUUCCAUUGUGAUUUAUGUCCAAAAUCAUUUAAAAGACCUCAAGAUUUAAAGAAACAUUCUAAAAUUCAUGCUGAUGAUCAUCCUAAAAAGUUAAAGAAGGCUCAAAAGGAAUUAUUAAAACAACAACAAAGAGAAGCAAAACAAAAAUCAAAAUUAUAUGCUAAUGGUCUUAUUGGUAAACCAACCAAUUCAAAUUUCGAUUUACCAAUGCCAACUAAUAAUAAUAAUUUCUAUCCAACCACUACAUCAACUACCACCACCAAUAAUGAUAUAGGUUAUAAUAAUACUUAUCCAUCAAUUAAUCAACAACAUCAAGAUCUUUAUGAUCAACAACAUUCAAGAAAGAGAAGAUUAGAAAAUAAUUCUCAACAUAAUAUGUAUGUGGUUAAUAGUAUUUUGAAUGAUUUUAAUUUCCAUGGUAUGAAUAAUAAUGGUACUACUACCACUAAUACUACUACUAAUAAUAAUCAAUCAUCUGAAUUUAAGAAAUUAAAACAAGAUGUUAAUCCUCAAUAUAAUUUAGAAAUGUUUAAUAAAUUAAAUCAUAUUGAAGAUCAUUUACAUCAAGGUCAACCACAAUCUACUCAACCAGCUCAACAACAAGGACAAGGACAAGGACAAACUAGUCAACAACAUAAUCCUUCCUUUGCUGCUGUGGCUGCUUUCUCCAAUGGUAAUAUUUAUGAAGCUGAAAAAUUCUUUAAUUCAUUAUCUAAUUCAAUUGAUAUGCAAUAUCAAAACUUAUCUUAUCAAUAUCAACCUCAACAUCCUCAAGGUCAACAAGGUGCUACUAAUACCACUACUGCUACUAAUCCAACUUCAAGUACUACUAUGACAGGUCAACAAUCAUUAUAUCCAUCCUUACCACAAUUAACUUCCUCAGGUUCAACAUCUACUAAGAAUAAUGAUUCUAUAAUGACAACUAAUCAAAAUUCAUUCUUACCAACUUCUUAUCCUCAAAUUAAUAGAUCAUUAGGUAAUACUUAUUAUAAUCAUCAUCAUUCCAAUUUUGGAAAUCCAAUUGGUAUGGAAUUUGGAGGGGUUUCAACUUAUCAAAAAUCAGGUCAAUCAUUACCCCAAGCUGAAGAAGAUGAUGAUGAUGAUGAAGAAGGUAUGGUUGAAGUUAAAGAAGAUGUCAGUUCGGAUGAUCUUGAUAGUGAAGAUGUUGAUGAAGAUGAAGAAGAAGAUGAUGAUGAAGAAGAAGUUGAAGAAUUAUUCAAUAAAUUAUCAAUCAAUAAUGAUGAUCCAUUCAACUUGGAUACUAUUGCCAAACAUAGAGAUAUGAUAUUAGUAGUUUGCCAAUAUAUCAAACAACAAAUUGAGGCAUCUAAAGCUUCAGAACAACAAAAUACUACGAUAAUUAAGACUGAAGAUGAAUCUAAUUCAACCACCAGUUCAAAUUCAAGUCUUUAUCCUAAGAUUGCUGCUUUCUAA